AUAGAGUGGAUUUUCUUUUGACUAUUUGUGCCUGACAGUAGUCAAUGUAUGGAGUUAAUAACAUAUCAUUUUUGUCCGUAUUUUGUAAAUUACUUAAUGGAGCAAUUUUUAAAGUUUACCUUUUAUAUCAAAUUUUAGAUGCCGUUGUCAAGAAGUUUUCACUUGAUCGUGGAACGAUCAUUGAAUAUGUGAACUGCUUGAAAUUAAUAAUGGAACAGCAGUCAGUGCAUGAACUUAAACAAGGUGUGUGGAAAUGUUUUCAAAUAUUUUGUUUCACGUUCGAUAAAAUGAAGGCUUUGCUUUCUAUGGGCCAAUCGUGUGCACUUUUAUUGCAUACUUAUCGUACAACAUAGUUUAGCAAUGUGAAAUUCCUUUAUAACCCACUUAACAGACCAGUCAGGCAACAUCUUCAACAUUCAACAACAUUAUCCUCUAACUCGCUUUUCUCUUCAUGUCAAAAUUUAUCAGAUAGAUUUGCUUGAUAAAUAACGUCAAAUUUUCAUCCCUAAACAUUACUUGUCACCAUGAGCCUUCAAAACUUCUCAUUUUAGAAUAUUCUCAUACACUCACCACAUAAAUGACCCACUACGUUAACGACACAUAGAAUUCUUCCAUGUUGGAUACAAUUUACAAACCCUCCUAUAUAUCAUCUCUAACUUACUAUUUCGUAAACAUGACAUCAAGUAUACAUAUUCACACAUAGAGUAAUCAGUAGCGCGGUUUUAAAUUAUGAAGGAAUGCACAG